CCGCCCUGGUGACCUUCUGGGUAGCACAGGCCGAAGGCGGGCAGGCAGCAGGAAGGCAGGCCGCCGGCCCCCCAGGACUCGUCUCCCAGGUCACCAUCCCCCCGGUGCCCCGUGGCCGCUCAGUUCCAGCGCCCCCCAAGCCCAGCUCACAGAGGCCAUGCAGAAAGCCCGGGGCACGCGAGGCGAGGACGUGGGCACGAGGGCACCCCCCAGCCCUGGGGUGCCCCCGAAGAGGGCCAAAGUGGGGGCCGGCGGAGGGGCCCCGGCGGCCGGGGCCGGGGCUGGGGCUCCAGUCUUCCUGCGACCCCUGAAGAACGCGGCGGUGUGUGCGGGCGGCGACGUGCGGCUGCGGGUGGUGGUGAGCGGGACGCCCCAGCCCAGCCUCAGCUGGUUCCGGGAUGGGCAGCUCCUGCCCGCGCCGGUUCCCGAGCCCAGCUGCCUGUGGCUGCGGAGCUGCGGGGCGCAGGACGCCGGCGUGUACAGCUGCAGGGCCCAGAACGCGCGGGGCCGGGCCUCCUGCGAGGCUGUCCUCACUGUGCUGGAGGUCGGAGGUCCACAGAGAACUUCAGCUCCAAACACUUCCUUUUACAGCGAAGUUUUCCGCUCCUGCAGAAAGCAAAGUUACGACUCAGAGACUGCUGAGGAUGACAUCAGCGAUGUGCAGGGGACCCAGCGCCUGGAGCUUCGGGAUGACGGGGCCUUCAGCACCCCCACGGGGGGCUCUGACACUCUCGUGGGCACCUCCCUGGACACACCCCCGACCUCCGUGACAGGCACCUCAGAGGAGCAAGUGAGCUGGUGGGGCAGCGGGCAGACGGUCCUGGAACAGGAAGCGGGCAGUGGGGGUGGCACCCGCCGCCUCCCAGGCAGCCCAAGGCAAGCACAGGCAACCGGGGCCGGGCCACGGCACCUGGGGGUGGAGCCGCUGGUGCGGGCAUCGCGAGCUAAUCUGGUGGGCGCAAGCUGGGGGUCAGAGGAUAGCCUUUCGGUGGCCAGUGACCUGUAUGGCAGCGCGUUCAGUCUGUACAGAGGACGGGCGCUCUCCAUCCACGUCAGCAUCCCUCCAAGCGGACUGCACAGGGAGGAAACUGACCUUCAGCCUCUGCCGGCCAGUGAAGCCCCGCGUCCUCGCCCUGCCCCUCCGCCUCCCUCCAAGUCCGCGCUGCUCCCACCACCGUCCCCUCGGGUGGGUAAGAGGGCUCCACCGGGACCCAGCGCCCAACCCCCAGCCACCCCCACAUCGCCCCAUCGGCGCACUCAGGAACCAGCGCUACCUGAGGACACCACCGCCGAAGAGAAACGAGGGAAAAAGUCCAAGUCGUCGGGGCCCUCGCUGGCGGGUACGACAGAGUCCCGGCCCCAGACGCCACUGAGUGAGGCCUCAGGCCGCUUGUCGGCGCUGGGCCGCUCACCGAGGCUGGUAAGAGCCGGCUCCCGCAUCCUGGACAAGUUGCAGUUCUUUGAGGAGCGACGGCGCAGCCUGGAGCGCAGCGACUCACCCCCGGCGCCCCUGCGGCCCUGGGUCCCCUUGCGCAAGGCCCGCUCGCUGGAACAACCCAAGUCCGAAGGCGGCACAGCGUGGGGCACGCCCGGGGCCUCUCAGGAGGAGCUGCAGGCACCGCGGGGCAGUGUGGCAGAGCGGCGCCGCCUGUUUCAGCAGAAAGCAGCCUCGCUGGACGAGCGCACACGACAGCGCAGUCCCGCCUCUGACCUCGAGCUGCGCUUUGCUCAGGAGCUGGGCCGCAUACGCCGCUCCACGUCGCGAGAGGAGCUGGUGCGCUCACACGAGUCCCUACGUGCCACGCUGCAGCGUGCCCCAUCCCCUCGAGAGCCUGGCGAACCCCCACUCUUCUCCCGGCCCUCUACCCCCAAGACCCCACGGGCUGUGAGCCCCGCCGCCACCCAGCCAACCCCUCCAAGCAUUGUGGGCAGAUCCAUAGAAGAACCUGGGAGGCCCAGAAGCCGUGGGCCUGUGGGCAGGACUGAGCCUGGGGAAGGCCCGCAGCAGGAGGUUAGGCGUCGGGAUCAGUUCCCGCUGACCAGGGGCAGAGCCAUACAGGAGUGCAGAAGCCCUGUGCCACCCUCCAAUGCCGAUCUCCCAGAGGCCAGGACGAAAGCCUCCUCCGGUCGGAAGAGGGAGCCCCCAGCGCAGGCAGUGCGCUUCCUGCCUUGGGCCACACCAGGCCUGGAGGGCGCUACUGUGCCCCAAACCUUGGAGAAGAACAGGGCAGGGCCUGAGGCCGAGAAGAGGCUGCGUAGAGGACCAGAGGAGGAUGGUCCCUGGGGGCCUUGGGACCGAAGAGGGGGCCGAAGCCAGGGCAAAGGUCGCAGGGUCCGGCCCACCUCUCCUGAACUCGAGUCUUCAGAUGACUCUUAUGUGUCCGCUGGAGAAGAGCCCCUGGAGGCCCCGGUGUUUGAGAUUCCCCUGCAGAACACGGUGGUAGCCCCAGGGGCUGAUGUGCUGCUUAAGUGUAUCAUCACCGCCAACCCCCCACCCCAAGUGUCCUGGAUCAAGGAUGGGUCCACGCUGCGCAGUGAAGGCCGCCUUCUCAUCCGGGCUGAGGGCGAGAGGCACACUCUGCUGCUCAGGGAGGCCCAGGUGGCCGACGCCGGGAGCUAUAUGGCCACGGCCAUCAACGAGCUGGGCCAGGCCAGCUGUGCUGCCUCACUGACUGUGAGACCUGGAGGGUCCACAUCCCCUUUCAGCAGCCCCAUCACCUCUGACGAGGAGUACCUGAGUCCCCCAGAGGAGUUCCCAGAGCCUGGGGAGACUUGGCCUGGAACCCCCACCAUGAAGCUCAGUCCCAGCCAGAACCGCCGUUCUUCAGACACUGGCUCCAAGGCGCCCCCCACGUUCAAGGUCUCCCUCAUGGACCAGUCAGUCAGAGAAGGACAAGAUGUCAUCAUGAGCAUCCGCGUACAGGGGGAACCAAAGCCUGUGGUCUCCUGGCUAAGAAACCGCCAGCCUGUGCGCCCAGACCAAAGGCGCUUUGCGGAGGAGGCCGAGGGUGGGCUGUGUCGGCUGCGGAUACUGGCUGCUGAGCGAGGUGACGCUGGCUUCUACACCUGCAAAGCAGUCAAUGAAUAUGGCGCCCGGCAGUGCGAGGCCCGCCUGGAGGUCCGAGCACACCCUGAAAGCCGGUCCCUGGCCGUGCUGGCCCCACUGCAGGACGUGAACGUGGGGGCCGGGGAGAUGGCGCUGUUUGAGUGCCUGGUGGCAGGUCCUGCUGACGUGGAGGUGGACUGGCUGUGCCGUGGCCGCCUACUGCAGCCUGCACUGCUCAAAUGCAAGAUGCAUUUCGAUGGCCGCAAAUGCAAGCUGCUGCUCACCUCUGUUCAUGAGGACGACAGUGGAGUCUACACUUGCAAGCUCAGCACAGCCAAAGAUGAACUGACCUGCAGCGCCCGGCUGACCGUGCGGCCCUCACUGGCACCCUUGUUCACCCGACUGCUGGAAGACGUGGAGGUGCUAGAGGGCCGUGCUGCCCGCUUCGACUGCAAGAUCAGCGGCACCCCACCACCGUCUGUUAUCUGGACUCAUUUUGGUCGCCAGGUGGAGGAGAGUGAGAACGUGCGGCUGCGGCAGGAUGGAGGGCUGCACUCACUGCACAUUGCCCACGUGGGCAGCGAGGACGAAGGGCUCUAUGCAGUUAGUGCGACCAACACCCACGGCCAGGCUAACUGCUCAGCCCAGCUGUAUGUAGAGGAGCCUCGGACAGCCGCCUCAGGCCCCAGCUCAAAGCUGGAGAAGAUGCCGUCCAUCCCUGAGGAGCCAGAACAGGGCGAGCUGGAGCGGCUGUCCAUUCCUGACUUCCUGCGGCCACUGCAGGACCUGGAAGUGGGACUGGCCAAGGAGGCCAUGCUAGAGUGCCAGGUGACCGGUCUGCCCUAUCCCACCAUCAGCUGGUUCCACAAUGGCCACCGCAUCCAAAGCAGUGAUGACCGGCGCAUGACACAGUACAGGGAUGUACAUCGCCUGGUGUUCCCUGCUGUGGGACCUCAGCAUGCUGGCGUCUACAAGAGUGUCAUUGCUAACAAGCUGGGCAAAGCUGCCUGCUAUGCACACCUCUAUGUCACAGAUGUGGUUCCAGGUCCCCCGGAUGGUGCCCCACAGGUGGUGGCUGUGACUGGGAGGAUGGUCACGCUCACAUGGAACCCCCCCAGGAGUCUGGACAUGGCCAUCGACCCAGACUGUCUGACGUACACGGUGCAGCACCAGGUGCUGGGCUCAGACCAGUGGACAGCACUGGCCACAGGUCUGCGGGAGCCCAGGUGGGUGGCCACAGGGCUGCGGAAGGGGCUCCAGCAUGUCUUCCGGGUCCUCAGCACCACCGGCAAGAGCAGCAGCAAGCCCUCAGCCCCCUCAGAGCCCACGCAGCUGCUGGAGCGUGGCCCACCCCUGGAGGAGGCCCCUGCUGUGCUGGACAAACCAGACAUCGUGUAUGUGGUAGAGGGACAGCCCGCUCACGUCACCAUCACCUUCAACCAUGUGGAGGCCCAGGUCGUCUGGAGGAGCUGCCGAGGGGCCCUCCUGGAGGCACGGACAGGUGUGUAUGAGCUCAGCCAGCCGGAUGAUGACCAAUACUGUCUUCGGAUCUGCCGGGUGAGCCGCCGGGAUGUGGGGUCACUCACCUGCACUGCCCGCAACCGCCAUGGCACGCAAGCCUGCUCGGUCACACUGGAGCUGGCAGAGGCUCCUCGGUUUGAGUCCAUCAUGGAGGAUGUGGAGGUGGGGGCCGGGGAAACCGCUCGCUUUGCUGUGGUGGUUGAGGGGAAACCGCUCCCAGACAUCACAUGGUACAAGGACGAGGUGCUGUUGGCUGAAAGCAGCCACGUGAGCUUUGUGUAUGAGGAGAAUGAGUGCUCCUUGGUGGUGCUCAGCACGGGGGCCCAGGAUGGGGGUGUCUACACCUGCACUGCCCGGAACCUGGCAGGGGAAGUCUCCUGCAAAGCAGAGUUGGCUGUGCACUCAGCUCAGACAGCUAUGGAGGUUGAGGGGGUCGGGGAGGAUGGAGAACAUCGAGGAAGGAGACUCAGUGACUUUUAUGACAUUCACCAGGAGAUUGGCAGGGGUGCCUUCUCCUACCUGCGGCGUGUGGUGGAGCGCAGCUCUGGCCUGGAGUUUGCAGCCAAGUUCAUCCCCAGUCAGGCAAAGCCCAAGGCAUCAGCCCGGCGAGAAGCCCAGCUGCUGGCCCGGCUUCAGCAUGACUGCAUCCUCUACUUCCACGAGGCCUUCGAGAGGCGCCGGGGACUGGUCAUUGUCACUGAGCUCUGCACAGAGGAGCUGCUGGAGAGGAUGGCCAGGAAACCCACCGUGUGUGAGUCUGAGAUCCGGGCCUAUAUGCGGCAGGUACUAGAGGGAAUAUGCUACCUGCACCAGAGCCAGGUGCUGCACCUCGAUGUCAAGCCUGAGAACCUGCUGGUGUGGGAUGGCGCAGAGGGCGAAGAGCAGGUGCGCAUCUGUGAUUUUGGGAAUGCCCAGGAGGUGACUCCAGGAGAGCCCCAGUAUUGUCAGUAUGGCACGCCUGAGUUUGUGGCCCCCGAGAUCGUUAACCAGAGCCCUGUGUCUGGAGUCACUGACAUCUGGCCUGUGGGCGUCAUUGCCUUCCUUUGUCUGACGGGAAUCUCCCCAUUUGUUGGAGAGAAUGAUCGGACUACGUUGAUGAACAUCCGAAACUACAAUGUGGCCUUUGAAGAGACCACAUUCUUGAGCUUGAGCAGGGAGGCCCGGGGCUUCCUCAUCAAAGUGCUGGUGCAGGACCAGAUGAGACCUACUGCAGAGGAAACUCUAGAACAUCCUUGGUUCAAAACACAGGCAAAGGGUGCAGAGGUGAGCACAGAUCACCUGAAGCUCUUCCUGUCCCGUCGGAGGUGGCAGCGCUCCCAGAUCAGUUACAAAUGCCACCUGGUGCUGCGCCCCAUCCCGGAGUUGCUGCGGGCACCCCCAGAGAGGGUGUGGGUGGCCAUGCCCAGAAGAACACCCCCCAGUGGGGGGCUCUCAUCCUCCUCGGACUCUGAAGAGGAAGAACUGGAGGAGUUGCCCUCUGUUCCACGCCCCCUGCAGCCUGAGUUCUCUGGCUCCCGGGUGUCCCUCACCGACAUUCCCACUGAGGAUGAGGCCCUGGGAACCUCAGAGGCUGGUGCUGCCACUCCCAUGGAUUGGCAAGAUCAAGGAAGGGCUCCCUCUCAGGACCAGGAAGCUCCCAGCCCUCAGGCCCUCCCCUCUCCAGGCCAGGAGCCCCCAGCUGGGUCCAGUCCCAGGCGGGGAGAGCUCCGCAGGGGUAGCUCCGCUGAGAGUGCCCUGCCCCGGACUGGGCCGCGGGAGCCGGGCCGGGGCCUGCACAAGGCGGCAUCUGUGGAGCUGCCGCAGCGCAGGAGCCCCAGCCCGGGAGCCACCCGCCUGGCCCGGGGAGGCCUGGGCGAGGGCGAGUAUGCCCAGAGGCUGCAGGCACUGCGCCAGCGGUUGCUGAGAGGAGGUCCAGAGGAUGGCAAGGUCAGCGGCCUCAGGGGCCCCCUGCUGGAGAGCCUGGGAGGCCGUGCACGUGACCCCCGAAUGGCGCGGGCUGCCUCCAGCGAGGCAGCGCCACACCACCAGCCCCCACCCGAGACAAGGGGCCUGCAAAAGAGCAGCAGCUUCUCGCAGGGCGAGGCGGAGCCUCGGGGUCGGCACCGCCGUGCAGGGGCACCGCUCGAAAUCCCUGUAGCCAGGCUUGGGGCCCGCAGGCUACAGGAGUCUCCCUCUUUGUCUGCCCUCAGCGAGGCCCAGCCGCCCAGCCCCGUGCGUCCCAGUGUCCCCAAACCUAGUAUCGCCAAACCUAAGGAACCUUCUACUGCUAGGCCCAGUGGUUCUCCCCAGCCCUCCGCACCCCAGCCUACCCCAGAGAAGGCCCCAGAGCCCACGCCAGAACCAGCCCGAGCCCCCAGGCAGGCACAGCCCUCCGUGGCUCUGCAGACCCCAGCGCUGCCCCUCACACCCUAUGCCCAGAUCAUGCAGUCGCUCCAGCUGUCUGGUCACUCCCAGCCCUUACAAAGCCCCCCAGCGCCCUCAACAGAGCCCAAGCCCCACGCGGCUGUGUUCGCCAGGGUGGCCUCCCCGCCUCCAGGAGUCCAAGAGAAGCGCUUGCCUUCACCCAGGGCUCCCCCAGUGCUAGCUGAGAAAGCCAGGGUCCCCACGGUACCCCCCAGGCCAGGCAGCAGCCUUAGCAGCAGCAUCGAGAACCUCGAGUCAGAGGCGGUGUUCGAAGCCAAGUUCAAGCGCAGCCGGGAAUCACCCCUGUCGCGGGGCCUGCGGAUGCUGAGCCGCUCGCGCUCAGAGGAGCGUGGCCCCUUCCGCGGGGCGGAGGACGAGGACGGCAUGUACCGGCCCAGCCCGGCGGGAACCCCGCUGGAACUGGUGAGACGGCCAGAGCGCUCGCGCUCAGUGCAGGACCUGAGGGCUGUCGGGGAGCCGGGCCUCGUCCGCCGGCUCUCGCUGUCAUUGUCCCAGAAGCUGCGGCGGACUCCGCCCUCACAGCGCCACCCGGCCUGGGAGACUCGAGGAGGAGACGGGGAGAGCUCAGAAGGCGGUAGCUCAGCGCGGGGCUCCCCGGUGCUGGCGGUGCGCAGGAGGCUCAGCUCCACCCUGGAGCGCCUAUCGAGCCGGUUGCAGCGCAGCGGCAGCAGCGAGGACUCCGGGGGCGCCUCGGGCCGCAGCACGCCACUGUUCGGACGGCUGCGCAGAGCCACAUCUGAAGGCGAGAGUCUGCGACGCCUUGGUAUCCCACACAACCAACUGGCCUCUCAGGCUGGUGCCACCACUCCUUCUGCUGAGUCUCUGGGCUCUGAGGCCAGUGCCACGUCGGGCUCCUCAGCUCCAGGGGAAAGCCGAAGCCGGCUCCGCUGGGGCUUCUCACGGCUGCGGAAGGACAAGGGCUUAUCACAGCCAAACCUUUCUGCCAGUGUCCAAGAGGACUUGGGUCACCAGUAUGUGCCCAGUGAGUCAGACUUCCCCCCAGUCUUCCACAUCAAACUCAAGGACCAGGUGCUGCUGGAGGGGGAGGCAGCUACCCUGCUCUGCCUGCCAGCUGCCUGUCCUGCUCCCCGCAUCUCCUGGAUGAAAGACAAACAGUCCCUGCGAUCGGAGCCUUCGGUGGUCAUUGUGUCCUGCAAAGAUGGAAGGCAGCUGCUGAGCAUCCCCCGGGCAGGCAAGCGACAUGCCGGGCUAUAUGAGUGCUCAGCCACCAACGUCCUAGGCAGCAUCACCAGCUCCUGUACUGUGGCUGUGGCUCGUGUCCCAGGAAAACUAGCUCCUCCCGAGGUGCCCCAGACCUAUCAGGACACGGCGCUGGUGCUGUGGAAGCCAGGAGACAGCCGGGCUCCUUGCACGUACACACUGGAGCGGCGGGUGGAUGGGGAGUCUACCUGGCACCCCGUGAGCUCAGGCAUCCCUGAUUGUUACUACAACGUGACACACCUGCCCAUUGGUGUAACUGUGAGGUUCCGUGUGGCCUGUGCCAAUCGUGCUGGGCAGGGCCCCUUCAGCAACCCUUCCGAGAAGGUCCUCAUCCGGGGCACUCAAGAUUCUUCAGCUCGGUCAUCUGCUGCUCACCAAGACACCCCUGUUACCUCAGGGCCAGCCAGGACCCAGCCUCCUGACUCUCCUACCUCACUGACCCUGACCCCAGUUCCCCCAGCUUCCCAGUCAGCCUCUCUCAGCCCCUCAUCCCCUCUCACACACCCCAGCGAGGCCUGGUCAUCACUCAAAGCUGUGGGUCCACCACCCCAAACCCCCCCACGAAAGCACAGGGGCCUGCAGGCCACUCAGCAACCAGAGCCCACCCCACCCAGUGCCCAUGUCACCCCAAGUGAGCCCAAGUCUUUUGUUCCUGACACUGCGACUGGGAGUCCAGCCUCCACCCCUCAAGGGGUUAAGCCAGCGUCUUCCUCCACUCCCUUGUAUAUGGUGACUUCCUUUGUGUCUGCACCCCCAGCCCCUGAGCCCCCAGCCCCCGAGCCCCCUCCUGAGCGCACCAAGGUGACCGGGCAGAGUCUUAGCCCAGGCAAAGGGGUGGCCAGCUCCUCUGGGGGUGGCUCCCCCAGGUCCCCCACCCCAGAGGGCACUACUCUGCGACAGGGCCUCCCUCAGAAACCCUACACCUUCCUGGAAGAGAAAGCCAGGGGCCGCUUUGGUGUUGUGCGAGCAUGCCGGGAGAAUGCCACAGGCCGGACGUUUGUGGCCAAGAUUGUGCCAUACGCAGCCGAGGGCAAACGGCAAGUCCUGCAGGAAUACGAAGUGCUGCGGACGCUGCACCAUGAACGGCUCAUGUCCCUGCACGAGGCCUACAUCACCCCUCGGUACCUUGUACUCAUUGCUGAGAGCUGCGGCAACCGGGAGCUCCUCUGUGGGCUCAGUGACAGGUUCCGGUAUUCUGAAGACGACGUGGCUACCUAUGUGGUACAGCUGCUACAAGGCCUGGACUAUCUCCACGGCCGCCAUGUGCUACACCUGGACAUCAAGCCGGACAACCUGCUGCUGGCCCCUGACAAUACCCUCAAGAUUGUGGACUUUGGCAGUGCCCAACCCUACAACCCCCAGGCCCUGCGACCCCUUGGACACCGCACAGGCACGCUGGAGUUCAUGGCUCCUGAGAUGGUGAAGGGAGAACCUAUUGGCUCUGCCACGGACAUCUGGGGAGCAGGUGUGCUCACCUACAUCAUGCUCAGUGGACACUCCCCAUUCUAUGAGCCAGACCCCCAAGAAACAGAGGCUCGGAUUGUGGGGGGCCGUUUUGAUGCCUUCCAGCUGUACCCCAACACAUCCCAGAGUGCCACCCUCUUCUUGCGAAAGGUCCUCUCAGUACAUCCCUGGAGCCGGCCCUCCCUGCAGGACUGCCUGGCGCACCCAUGGCUGCAGGAUGCCUAUCUGAUGAAGCUGCGCCGCCAGACGCUCACCUUUACCACCAAUCGGCUCAAGGAGUUCCUGGGAGAGCAGCGGCGCCGCAGGGCUGAGGCCGCCACCAACCACAAGGUGCUGCUCCGCUCCUACCCUGGCAGCCCCUAGCAGCAUGGACCACAGCCCGGCCGUGGGCUUCAACUCGGGGUUCCCAACAAUGUCGAGGGACAUUCCAGGGCCCAUGCUGAACCGGGUGGGCCCAGGGCUUCGGAUACCACCAGCAGCAACAUCUGGCCGGGCUAUUACCUCAUGGACCUGCAGGGAUAGAGGCUCCAGGGCUUCGGCCUGAUGCCCCCCCAGCCAGAGCCAGAGCAGGAGACCCAUUGGGCAGGGAUAGGAACAGGAAGAGGGACAAGAAGGGAAUGAGGAAGUGAAGAGGAAGACACUGAAGGAUAGGCAGGGAGAUUCUAGAAGGUUCUGGGGGUGGGAGGCACGUUGCAUCUCAGGGAGAACCCAGGAGGGUGAGCAGCUGGAGAGGAGGAAGAGGAAGGGGCCCAGGUGUCAGGGACAUGGGCUGGGAGUGUCAGUGAGGCAGGGACAGGACACAGAGACAGUACCAGAGAGCCUGAGCCAGAGUGUGAGAGAAGGCAGUAAGAUAGGAGGAGAGGACAGCAAGCUCAGGGGGAGGAGGGGAGAGACAGGCCAAGCAGUGGCAUCCCCAGAAGCAGAGAAGAAAAAUGCUGAGAGCUCCAGGCAAGUGGCCAUGCAAGCUGUCCUCCUGUCCCAGUGGAUGUGGCUCUGGGCACUCUAUGCUGGCCCAAGGAUGUCCCCACUGUCCCUCCAUGGCCUUUGCCUUUCCUAUUCAUAUUUAUUUAUUUAUUGACUUUUAUGAAGUUUUCCCUUCCAUCCAAUCCCUAUUGCCCAUGUUGUCCUGACCAUUCCCCCAGCCAUCCAGCUGUCUGUGCAGCUCUCUGUCUGUCUGUCACAAGGAAAAUAAAAACAGCAAGCAGCA